UUCAUCUCUUUAAUAGCCGCGACCACACCACUCUCGUGGAUCACAGAAGGGCGACACACCCGUAGGUGGUCGGUGGAAGAUCGCGUGCGCAGAGUGUGCUGUCGCGCGCGCUUCCCCUACCACACUCAUCCGCCCAUUUACUGUUAGCAGUAGGCAGUUCACUCAGUGGGAGUUCGAUAGACAAUGUCCGAAGACUUGGACUCGAUCAGCGAGGAAGAACAAAGUUUGUUCCGACCUUUCACUAGAGAGUCAUUAGCCGCUAUCGAAGCUCGCAUCGCUGAGGAGCAUGCCAAACAAAAAGAACUUGAGAAGAAAAGAGCAGAGGGCGAGACCGAUUUGGGGCGGACGAAAAAGAAAAAAGAAGUGCGUUAUGAUGACGAGGAUGAAGAUGAAGGUCCCCAACCGGAUGCGACGUUGGAGCAGGGACUCCCGCUUCCUGUACGGAUGCAAGGUUCUUUCCCUGUGGAACUUGCCUCGACACCACUCGAAGAUAUUGACCCUUUUUAUUCCAACCAAACCACUUUCGUAGUCGUCAGCAAGGGUAGAGAUAUCUUCAGAUUUUCAGCAACCGACGCUUUGUGGAUAUUGGAUCCAUUUAAUCCUAUAAGAAGAGUUGCUAUAUACAUAUUAGUACAUCCAUUGUUCUCUCUCUUCAUUAUAACUACAAUCCUAGUCAAUUGUAUAUUAAUGAUAAUGCCAACAACACCGACUGUUGAAAGUACUGAAGUUAUCUUUACGGGAAUCUACACGUUUGAAUCGGCGGUGAAAGUAAUGGCCAGGGGUUUCAUACUACAGCCAUUCACAUACCUUAGAGAUGCAUGGAAUUGGCUUGACUUCGUAGUUAUAGCUUUAGCUUAUGUGACGAUGGGCAUAGAUCUCGGAAACUUGGCCGCUCUCAGAACAUUCAGAGUUCUCCGAGCGUUGAAGACUGUGGCCAUCGUACCGGGGUUGAAGACCAUCGUUGGUGCUGUGAUAGAAUCGGUGAAAAAUCUGCGCGAUGUGAUAAUAUUGACGAUGUUCUCUUUAUCAGUUUUUGCGUUGAUGGGCCUGCAAAUAUACAUGGGUGUGUUGACGCAAAAAUGUAUAAAGGUUUUCCCGGACGAUGGUAGUUGGGGUAACCUUACUGACGAAAACUGGGAGAGAUUCUGUCAAAACGAAACAAAUUGGUAUGGUGAAGAAGAAAAUUAUCCAUUAUGUGGAAAUUCAUCAGGAGCGGGGCAAUGUGAGCCGGGCUAUGUUUGUUUGCAAGGCUACGGUCCAAAUCCGAACUACGGUUACACAAGUUUCGACACAUUUGGAUGGGCAUUCCUUUCGGCUUUCCGAUUAAUGACACAGGAUUACUGGGAAAAUCUCUACCAACUGGUUUUACGCUCAGCUGGCUCUUGGCACGUAUUAUUCUUCGUGGUGAUUAUAUUUUUGGGAUCAUUCUAUCUCGUCAACCUGAUAUUGGCCAUCGUAGCCAUGUCGUACGACGAGUUGCAGAAGAAAGCGGAAGAGGAAGAACAGGCAGAAGAAGAAGCUCUAAGGGAAGCAGAACAAAAAGCAGCAGCUCGAGCAGACAAGCAAGAAGCCAGAGAAGCCCACGCGCGGGAACAAGCGGCUGCUGCUGAAGCGGCCGCGUACGCCGAGGCCCACCCGGCCAAGUCACCCAGCGACUUCUCCUGCCAGAGCUACGAGCUGUUCGUGAACCAGGAGCGGGGCAAUCAGGACGACAAUACCCGAGAACGCAUGUCCCUUCGUAGCGACCCCUUCCAGGACUCGGUGAGCACUCAGCCAGCGCACAAGCCAGAACCGCACCACGACACGGCACGACGCCAGAGGAAGGUCAGCAUGGUCCCACACCCUGAACGCAUUAAUAAAUACGGACAGUUAUCAUAUGGGCCACUGCGGGAGGGCUCACAGGCCUCUUUAUCGCUGCCCGGAUCUCCUUUCAAUUUACGACGAGGAUCGCGUGGUUCACACCAGAUGGCUCUGAGACCGAAUGGAAGGAAUCGUUAUCCGCCUGGUGCUGACAGAAAGCCGCUCGUUUUAUCGACAUAUUUGGACGCGCAGGAACAUUUGCCGUAUGCAGACGAUUCAAACGCAGUCACUCCGAUGUCAGAGGAAAAUGGUGCUAUCAUUAUACCGGUCUACUAUGCAAAUUUAGGUUCAAGGCAUUCUUCGUACACCUCCCACCAGUCAAGAUUGUCGUAUACCUCCCACGGGGACCUCCUUGGGGGUAAGCCGCAGACCAAAGAAGCCAGGUUGCGGGGACGCUCAGCAUCGAGGAACCACAGCGUCACGUCACAGCCCCACGCCUACCCACUGCCCAGACAAGACUCGUCGCUGGUAUCACGACCAUUACGAGAAUAUGAAGUUAGUACAACGGAAUGUACGGAUGAAGCUGGAAAAGUUCUCAAACAGUCUAAUGACAACCCAUUUAUAGAAUCUUCACAGCAACCUAACGUAGUCGAUAUGAGAGAUGUUAUGGUAUUAAAUGAAAUAAUCGAACAAGCGGGAAGACAGAGUCGAGCUAGCGAACAAAAUGUGUCUGUAUACUACUUCUCAACAGCGGAAGAUGAUGAUGAAGGACCCACAGUUAAAGAGAGACUUCUGGAAUGCCUGAUGAAGGGAAUAGAUUUGUUUUGUGUGUGGGACUGCUGUUGGCUCUGGUUGGAGUUCCAGAAAUACGUUGCUUUACUGGUGUUCGACCCAUUUGUUGAGCUCUUCAUCACGCUGUGUAUCGUUGUCAAUACUUUAUUCAUGGCUUUGGAUCAUCACGAUAUGGACAAAGAUAUGGAGAGAGCCUUGAAAAGUGGCAAUUAUUUUUUCACUGCAACGUUUGGUAUUGAAGCAAUGUUAAAGUUGAUAGCCAUGAGUCCAAAGUAUUAUUUUCAAGAAGGAUGGAACAUAUUUGACUUUAUAAUUGUGGCCUUAUCAUUAUUAGAAUUGGGACUUGAAGGAGUUCAGGGUUUGUCUGUAUUACGUUCAUUUCGAUUGCUUCGAGUGUUCAAAUUGGCAAAGUCUUGGCCGACUCUUAAUUUACUCAUAUCGAUAAUGGGUCGAACAAUGGGUGCUUUGGGCAACCUGACCUUCGUAUUGUGCAUCAUUAUUUUCAUAUUUGCCGUGAUGGGUAUGCAACUAUUCGGGAAAAAUUAUGUGGACUAUGUUGACCGAUUUCCUGGAGGAGAGCUUCCACGAUGGAAUUUCACUGAUUUCAUGCACAGUUUUAUGAUUGUCUUCCGAGUUCUGUGCGGAGAAUGGAUAGAGAGUAUGUGGGAUUGCAUGCUUGUUGGAGACGUGUCCUGUAUACCGUUCUUCUUGGCUACCGUUGUCAUUGGUAACCUUGUGGUACUCAAUCUCUUCUUAGCUCUGUUACUGUCCAACUUUGGCUCGUCGAGUUUAUCAACACCAACAGCAGAUCAAGACACAAACAAAAUUGCUGAGGCCUUCAACAGAAUAUCUCGAUUCAUCGACUGGGUUAAAAAGAAUGUCGCCGAUUUUAUGAAGAUUGUGAAAAACAAACUGACCAAUCAGAUAGCAAUACAUGCGCCCGGCUUAAAGGCGGCUUUAUGUGGCCGCUGUGUCUCUUCAGAACGGGGUGACAAUGAACUUGAACUGGGCAACGAUCUUGAUGAUGGAGUGCUCUAUAAGGAUAAAAAACUCAAAGAUCAAGUGGAGGUAGCUAUCGGCGAUGGCAUGGAGUUUACUAUACCAGGUGACAAUAAAUACAAGAAAGGAAAAAUGUUAAUGAACAACAUUAAUGCAAUAACAGACAAUCACACGGACAACCGGAUUAAUUGUGACAUAAACCACCACGGAUAUCCAAUUCAGGACGAUGAUACAAUUAGUCAAAAGUCAUAUGGUAGUCAUAAAAUACGGUCAUUUAAAGACGAAAGCCAUAAAGGCUCAGCUGAUACAAUAGAUGGAGAAGAAAAGAAAGAUGCAAGUAAAGAAGAAUUAGGUUUAGAGGAAGAAAUGAUUGAAGAGGAAGAAGACGGAAAAUCAGAUGGUUUGGGAAAGAUAGAUAUUAAAGUGGCUGCUGACGAAGAUGUAGUAGACCUCACACCAGCAGACUGUUGCCCAGAUCCUUGUUAUGUGCGUUUCCCCUUUCUAGCAGGCGACGAUGAGUCUCCAUUCUGGCAAGGCUGGGGAACACUAAGAUUAAAAACUUUUAGAUUAAUUGAAAAUACUUACUUUGAAACUGCUGUGAUAACUAUGAUUUUACUGAGCAGCCUCGCAUUGGCAUUGGAAGAUGUUCACUUACCUCAUAGACCAAUUCUGCAAGAUAUAUUAUAUUACAUGGAUCGUAUUUUCACGGUUAUAUUCUUCAUUGAGAUGUUAAUCAAAUGGCUUGCUCUUGGCUUCCAGAAGUAUUUCACUAACGCUUGGUGCUGGCUGGACUUUAUAAUUGUGAUGGUAUCGCUUAUAAACUUCGUCGCGGCGCUAUGUGGCGCCGGUGGUAUUCAAGCGUUCAAAACGAUGCGAACACUGCGAGCCCUUCGGCCGCUCAGAGCAAUGAGCCGCAUGCAGGGCAUGAGGGUGGUGGUGAACGCGUUGGUGCAAGCGAUCCCAUCAAUCUUCAACGUGUUGCUCGUAUGUCUCAUAUUUUGGCUUAUUUUUGCAAUAAUGGGAGUUCAGCUUUUUGCCGGAAAAUACUUUAAGUGUGUCGACAUGAACCAUACAACAUUGAGCCACGAAAUUAUACCGGAUAGAAAUGCAUGUAUUUUGGAAAAUUACACGUGGGAGAAUUCCCCUAUGAACUUCGACCAUGUUGGAAAAGCGUAUCUAUGCUUAUUUCAAGUAGCUACUUUUAAAGGCUGGAUACAGAUUAUGAACGAUGCUAUUGAUUCUAGAGAAGUUGGGCGACAACCGAUAAGGGAAACGAAUAUAUACAUGUAUUUAUACUUCGUAUUCUUUAUAAUAUUUGGCUCAUUCUUCACUCUUAAUCUAUUCAUCGGUGUGAUCAUUGACAAUUUCAAUGAGCAAAAAAAGAAAGCUGGCGGUAGUCUUGAAAUGUUCAUGACUGAAGAUCAGAAAAAGUAUUACAACGCUAUGAAAAAGAUGGGAUCUAAAAAACCAUUGAAAGCCAUCCCAAGACCAAGGUGGCGACCUCAAGCGAUCGUGUUCGAGAUAGUGACAGACAAGAAAUUUGAUAUGAUCAUUAUGUUAUUUAUCGGCUUGAACAUGUUGACCAUGACGCUCGAUCAUUAUCAACAAUCAGAUACGUUCAGCUUAGUCCUCGACUAUCUUAAUAUGAUAUUUAUUGUGAUAUUCAGCUCAGAGUGCCUCUUGAAAAUUUUCGCUCUACGCUAUCAUUACUUCGUAGAACCGUGGAAUCUCUUCGAUUUUGUUGUUGUAAUGUUUUCGAUUUUAAGUUUGGUUCUGAGUGAUAUUAUAGAAAAAUAUUUUGUCUCACCGACUUUACUAAGAGUCGUAAGAGUAGCAAAAGUAGGUCGAGUGCUUCGACUUGUAAAAGGCGCUAAGGGUAUCAGAACGUUACUAUUCGCCCUUGCGAUGUCACUGCCAGCUCUAUUCAAUAUUUGUUUACUAUUGUUCUUAGUGAUGUUCAUCUUCGCUAUAUUUGGAAUGUCUUUCUUCAUGCACGUUAAAGACAAAGGGGGUUUAGAUGACGUCUACAAUUUUAAGACGUUCGUGCAGAGCAUGAUUCUUCUAUUUCAGAUGUCGACGUCAGCUGGUUGGGAUGGCGUAUUAGAUGGAAUUAUUAAUGAGGAAGAAUGUGAUUUGCCGGACAAUGAGCGCGGCUAUCCAGGAAACUGUGGCUCUGCAACUAUCGGAAUCACUUAUUUGCUGUCCUACUUGGUUAUUUCUUUCCUCAUUGUUAUCAACAUGUACAUCGCCGUCAUCCUCGAAAACUAUUCUCAGGCGACAGAAGAUGUGCAAGAAGGGUUAACGGAUGAUGACUACGACAUGUACUAUGAAAUCUGGCAGCAAUUCGAUCCUGAGGGCACCCAGUACAUCCGUUACGAUCAGCUAUCUGACUUCCUCGACGUACUCGAGCCACCACUUCAGAUCCACAAGCCCAACAAAUACAAGAUCAUAUCUAUGGACAUACCGAUCUGUCGCGGCGACAUGAUGUUCUGUGUGGACAUUCUGGACGCCCUCACCAAGGAUUUCUUCGCCAGGAAGGGAAACCCCAUCGAGGAGCCGGGGGACAUAGUGGGCAGGCCGGGCGAGGUCGGGUACGAGCCGGUAUCGUCGACGCUGUGGCGGCAGCGGGAGGAGUACUGCGCGCGGCUCAUCCAGCACGCGUGGCGACGGCACCGGCGCUCGCAGUCGCCGGGCGCGGAGGAGGCGGGCAGCGCGGGCGCCGCGUCCACCGCCGGCAGCGCGGGCGAGGCCACGGCCGUGCUGCUGGACGCGGGGGGGGGCGCCCACCGCGUGGUGCUGCAGGCGGGGGGCGCGGCGCCCCGCCCCCCCGACCCCGCGCCGCCGCCCGCGCCCGUCUGACCCGCGCUCGCGCUCGCGUUGCUCCCCGCGCUCAUCGACGACGAGCCGCUGCCGCUGCCCGCACCGCUGCCCGAGCUCUUGAGCCCACCCAAGCGCACUUAAUUAUUUUUUACGCUAGAU